UCGGGUGCGGUCUCCGGGUCGGCGUUCCCGCGCGGGCCGGGCGAUGGCGGCGCGGGGGCCCGGGCGCCGCGCGCUCCGCCUCCUCCUCCUCCUGCUUCAGCUGCUCUCCGGGCUGCGGGGCGCGGCGGGAGCGGGUCUCGGCCCGGGAGGAUUAGCAGCACCUUCCCUUGUGGUGAAACAUGAAGACAAUUUGUUUAAGGAUUUAUUUCAAGACUACGAAAAAUGGGUUCGUCCUGUGGAGCAGCUGAAUGACAAAAUAAGAAUCAAGUUUGGCCUGGGCAUCUCUCAAUUAGUGGACGUGGAUGAGAAAAAUCAGUUACUGACCACGAAUGUCUGGUUGAAGCAGGAGUGGACGGACGCCAAGCUGAGGUGGAAUCCCGCCGACUACGGCGGCAUCGCGGCCAUCCGCGUGCCCUCGGACUCGCUCUGGACCCCGGACAUCGUGCUGUUCGAUAAUGCGGACGGACGCUUCGAGGGCGCCAGCACGAAGACGGUGGUGCGGCACGACGGGCGCGUGUCGUGGACGCGGCCCGCCAGCUACCGGAGCUCCUGCCCCAUGGACGUCACCUUCUUCCCCUUCGACCUCCAGAACUGCUCGCUGCGGUUCGGCUCGUGGACCUACGACGGCUCGCAGGUGGAGCUGGUGCUGGCGGCGCGCGAGGCGGACCGCGCCCACCUGUUCGACAACGGCGAGUGGGAGCUGGUGAGCGCGGCGGGCGCGGCGGGCGCGCGCGGCGGGGGCGCGGGGCGCGGCGGCGGCGUCGCGGGCGCCACCUUCGCGCUGGUGCUGCGGCGCCGGCCGCUCUUCUACGCGCUCUUCCUGCUGGCGCCCUGCGCGGGCCUCGCGCUGCUCACCGUCGCCGUCUUCUACCUGCCCGCGAGCGAGGGCGAGAAGCUCAGCCUGAGCACCUCGGUGCUCGUGUCGCUCACCGUCUUCCUGCUGGUCAUCGCCGAGAUCAUCCCCUCCUCCUCCACCGCCAUCCCGCUCGUCGGCGAGUACCUGGUCCUCACCAUGAUCUUCGUCACGCUCUCCAUCGCCGUCACCGUCUUCGCCAUCAACCUGCACCACCGCACGCCCGCCACGCACUCCGCCAUGGCGCCCUGGGUGCGCGGGGCCUUCCUGCGCCGGCUCCCCCGGCUGCUGCGCAUGCGCCGCCCCGCCGCCCGCCUCCGCGGCGCCGCCCGGCCGCCGCCCGGCCACCCCGCCCGCCCCGGCCCCGGGGGCCCGAGCGCUCUGGAGGCCGCCCUCGACUCCCUCCGGCUCAUCACCUGGCACGUGGCCAAGGAGAGCGCCGUCCGCCAGUUCAUUGUGUCGGGCAUUUUGUCAUCGCGGCCCAGAGCCGGCUGUCAGAGUGUGGAUGGAUGA